UGGUUUUUGGAUUUGUGACCCCACAAUCCGUGUAACCGUGUUCCUCACCAAAAGCCUUUGCAGACGUAACACACAGCAGAACAAGACCACAUUGCACACACCCUCCCUCAAACCGUCAAACGCUUCCAACAACAUUGGUUUGCAACUCAGAGAAGCUGGGAAGGUGGACCGAGGGUAUUUUUGAGAUUUUCGAGAUUUCAAUUUCAUUUUGGGGUUGAUUGAUGGUGAUUUAGCCAUUUAGGUGCUGUGUCCUAAGACCACUGAAGAUUCUGAAAAACACUCUUGUACCAGCCAAAUUUCAACACACUAGAAAUUUUACCCAGAUAUAGAGGUUUUCAAUCUCAAGUGUUUUCCUUGGUUCUGGUGUGAUCGUAUUUUAUCCAUUUUGGGAUAGGGAAGAAACAGACAAGACAUAUGAUAUAUGAAUAUUAUUAGUGGAUUGGAUCGUUCUGUUGCUCAGGAACACUAGUUUUUGAUAUCUAGCGUGUGCAAUUAACAAGGUCUUUUCAGUGACCUUGGUUUUCCACUCUAAUAAUAUUGGUGUUAUUUGGUUGGUGAAGUUUGGUGACCGCAGCUUUGUUUCUUCGUCCUAAAAUUUUCAUUCUAAUAAAACACUGAUCUUUCUCUUUUUUUAUAUCAGUAGAAAAAAGAAGAGAAAAGUGUGAGGAGUUGUAUCAAGAUAUUCUUUGGAAUCUGAAAUUUCAAGUUUCAUUUGUUGUUGUUGUGUGUGAUGUGAAAUUGUGAAUGUGAUGUGACAUGUGACAUGAGAGAGGUUCAAGGAACAGACACCAUUGUUUCGUUGAUUUGAUUGGAUUUGAAUUUGAUUGCAAGAGAUGUCAGCCGCGUCGCCUUCACCGGCAGCUUCUGGCGACACUCAACCGCCACAACGCCACCACGAGGCUCCCCUCCCCCGCCACGGUCUGCGCCACCACCAAAAACUUCGCCUCCACCUCAACCAUCCGUGCCGCCUCCGGCGAAUUCCUCACCCCCAAGUCCCGCAUCUGUGCCGCCGCCAAGAUCAUCGCCACCACCGGCAUCAACCCCUCCUCCCCAAAAUUCAUCUCCUCCUUCGACUUCCACGUCUCCCCCAAGAUCUGCACCUCCUCCUCCUCCUCCCACAACACCUAGCACUCAACCGGCUCCUUCAAAUUUUCCACCUAGGUCAUCAUCAUCCCCACCACCGCCAAAUCAGUUGGCGCCGCCUCCGGCAUCCAUUCUUACUCCACCUGGAAACGGAUCACAGACAGAGAAUUCAGGUCCUACAGCUGGAGGUGGUAAUGGAAUUGGUACCGCUGCAAUAGUGGCUAUCAGUGUAGUGGCGGGAAUUCUGCUGUUUGGGAUCAUUGGAGUUGCAAUUUGGUGCACGAUAAAGAGGAAAAAGAAAAAGGUGCUGAGCAAUGGUGGUUACGUCAUGCCAACAACUCCUGCCUCAUCUCCUGAUUCAGAUUCCUCAUUCUAUAAGACGCAUUCUUCAGCUCCUCUUGUACAAAGCGGCUCUGGCAGUGAUGUUUUGUAUACACCAUCUGAUCCUGGUGGACUAGGCCACUCAAGGUCGUGGUUUUUGUAUGAAGAAUUAAUCAAGGCCACAAAUGGUUUCUCAACUGAAAAUCUCUUAGGCGAAGGUGGAUUUGGUUCCGUGUAUAAAGGAUACCUGCCGGAUGGGAGAGAGAUAGCGGUCAAACAGCUGAAAAUUGGUGGUGGUCAGGGAGAGAAAGAAUUCAAAGCUGAAGUCGAGAUUAUUAGUCGCAUACAUCAUCGUCAUCUGGUUUCACUGGUUGGAUAUUGUAUUCAAGAUACCAGAAGACUGCUUGUCUAUGACUAUGUCCCCAAUAAUACCCUUUAUUUUCAUCUACAUGGGGAUGGUAGGCUGGUGUUAGAGUGGGCAAACCGUGUUAAAAUUGCAGCUGGUGCAGCUCGAGGGAUAGCUUAUCUCCAUGAAGACUGUAAUCCUCGGGUUAUUCACAGGGAUAUCAAGUCAUCGAACAUUCUUUUAGAUUACAACUUCGAGGCUAAAGUUUCAGAUUUUGGGCUAGCAAAAUUAGCCCUAGAUGCAAAUACACAUAUAACCACACGAGUCAUGGGAACUUUUGGGUACGUAGCCCCUGAAUAUGCAUCCAGUGGCAAAUUGACUGAGAAGUCUGAUGUAUAUUCCUUUGGGGUUGUGCUCUUGGAGCUCAUUACUGGGCGGAAGCCAGUAGAUACAUCUCAACCCUUGGGAGAUGAGAGUUUAGUUGAAUGGGCUCGACCAUUAUUGAGUCAUGUACUUGAUAGUGGGGAGUUGGGGAUUUUGACGGAUCCAAGGCUAGAAAAGAAUUAUGUUGAAAGUGAAAUUUUCUGUAUGAUAGAAGUUGCUGCAUCUUGCGUUCGACACUCAGCUGCAAAGAGGCCUCGCAUGGGACAGGUUGUUAGAGCUUUUGAUAGCUUAGGAGCUUCUGACCUAACGAAUGGAUUGCGAGUUGGAGAAAGCGAGGCUUUUAACUCUGCGCAGCUNNNNAGAUUGUUUAGGAGAAUGGCAUUUGGUGAUCAAAAUUAUAGCACCGAUUUCUUUAGCAAGGGUAGUUCAAAUACGUGAAAGGCACUAGCUACGCGGAGGCUUAUUUUUGGACCAAAAUAACUUAGUCAAGUUAAGCCGAGGAAUGGCCAUGGCUGAAUAUAAUUGGAUGAAGAUGAUGGAUCAGCUAAGGUGCAUCAAUGCUUUUGGUUCUGGAAUUGGCUGCAUCAGUUUCACACCGUUGAAUCUGUGAUAGAAUUUCAUCAUUCUUUUAUCAUUGUUAGCUGUUCUUUGGCAGCAAUUUUGUUCCUGUAAUUAUCUGUAAAGAAGUCGCUUUUGUACGUAUUGAUCGUAGAGAAUAAAUUAAUUGAUUUUGUUACAUAGAAUCAUAAAAUAGAUGUGUAGCCUCUUCGGAUGCCCAAUGUAUAUGUUCUCUUGAAUUUCUAAAAAGAACGAACAUGAUGGAUCAUGAAGUUAUUGAUAAUUUAAAA